AAACACACCACCCAUUGGCGGCGACCCUAAUGCGACCCAACCCACAUCUCUAAACUCUAUUCCCCCAUCUGGGUCCGUAAUUUCCGAUUCGGGAGCAGCAGCAGCAAGCAAUGACGAUCUACGACGCGGCGUUUGUGAACUCAGAGCUCUCGAAACCCACUUCAAUCUUCGGCCUCCAUCUCUGGGUCGUCAUCGGAAUCCUUGUCGGUUCUUUAAUAGUCCUCACCCUCUUCCUCCUCUCCCUCUGCCUCACCGCCCGCCACCGCCACCACAAGUCGUCCCACCACCAAGCUAAGCUCAGCCAGCAGCCGAGUCCGGUGAAAUCCAAGGAGAUACAGGAGAUCGUAAACCACCACCACAACCCGCAGCCGGAGGUCCACGUGGAGAUCGGGAAGCCGGACCACCGCGUGGUGGUGUUCUCGGACCAGCGCGGCGCGUCGAGCGGCGAGAGUAGGGGGACGAUGAACAGUGAGACAGCGUCGUUUGCGAGUUUGGGGAAUGUGGUGGGGCCGGAGGUGUCGCAUCUGGGGUGGGGGAGGUGGUACACGUUGAGAGAGCUGGAGGCGGCGACGAAUGGGCUGUGUGAGGAGAAUGUGAUUGGUGAAGGAGGGUAUGGGAUUGUGUAUAGUGGGAUUCUUUGUGAUGGGACUAAGAUUGCUGUUAAGAACUUGUUGAAUAACAGGGGUCAAGCUGAGAAGGAGUUUAAAGUGGAGGUGGAAGUAAUUGGGCGUGUGAGACACAAAAAUCUUGUGAGGUUGCUCGGAUACUGUGUUGAAGGUGCAUACAGGAUGCUUGUGUAUGAGUAUGUUGACAAUGGCAAUCUGGAUCAAUGGCUUCAUGGGGAUGUUGGUGAAGUCAGCCCUCUAACAUGGGACAUUCGAAUGAAUAUAAUAUUGGGAACUGCAAAAGGGUUGGCCUAUCUUCAUGAGGGCCUUGAACCAAAGGUUGUUCACCGUGAUGUAAAAUCUAGCAACAUAUUAGUUGAUCGCCAAUGGCAUCCUAAGAUGUCGGAUUUUGGGCUUGCCAAGCUCUUGUGCUCUGAGAAUAGUUAUGUGACUACUCGAGUGAUGGGAACAUUUGGCUAUGUUGCACCAGAAUAUGCUUGUACUGGAAUGUUGAAUGAGAAGAGUGAUGUAUAUAGCUUUGGAAUACUUAUUAUGGAGAUUAUAUCUGGGAGAAGCCCUGUUGAUUAUGGUCGGCCACAAGGAGAGGUGAAUCUAGUUGAAUGGUUAAAAAACAUGGUUGGAAAUCGAAAAGCUGAAGAUGUAGUUGAUCCCAAGUUGCCUGAGAUGCCUGCUUCGAAAGCACUUAAACGUGCUCUGCUGGUUGCUCUUCGAUGUGUUGAUCCUGAUGCCACAAAAAGGCCAAAAAUGGGGCAUGUGAUCCACAUGCUGGAGGCCGAUGACUUGCUAUUCCGUGAUGAAAUGCGAUCAAGGAGGGAUAGUUCCCGUUCAGAUUCCGAUUAUCGACGGGAGAAUCAUGUUGGCAUGAAGUUAGGAGAUAAAGAUAAACACUUGAGUGAAGGGACUUCUGAUACUAGUGAAGGUGGUAGUGGUAGGAACCAUAAUCAACCGACAAGGUUGAUAUAAUACCCACUAGGAAGGAUUAGGUGACUAACAAUCUCCAGAGUUUUUGAAUCUCAUUUUUCUUCUACCCUGAUUUUGCCUGUAUCUUUCAAUAAUUUGCGUUUAUUGGCAUGCUUAGUUACAUAAUUUUAUAGGGUGUGCAUCAAAUUAUGGUGCACUUUGUACAAUAUUGAAUCAAAUUUGUCCAUCAUUCUUAUAGGUGUUCCGUUUGUAAAACAAUAUAUCAUUAGUGUUACAUCAAUAUAAAUAUUCUCUCUCUGUG